UUCAACCUGAAUGGUCUUCAAAAUUAUUAUUAUUGUGUUUAUGGCCGCGCGUGAAAGUUCGAAUGGGCAGUGCAUUGUUUUGUUAGAAUUGUUAUAAAUCGAGAAAUAUAUUUUAUAUGUAUAUAUAUAUAUAUAUUUUUCCAAAUAUUAAUCGCGUAUAGAAUAAAAAGUAUUCAACAUGAAAUGCGUCAUACCCGGCGGUAACGUCAAAAUUUUGGCAAAGGCGAUACAUACACUAGCAAAGAUUGGAGAUGAAAUGUAUGUGAAUCCUCAAGAAGAAUCUAUCUCUUUUCGCACAGUCAACAUGGCAAAAUCAGCAUAUUCGGAUUUCACGUUUCACAGAAAUUUCUUCUCCUAUUAUGAUCUUGGAAAUCUCGAUGAAGAAGAGGCACAGAAGUGUAAAAUUUCAAUGAGGAGCGCAAUGACAGUCUUCAAAUCUGCACAUACAUUGGACAAGCAUGUAGAAACUUGUCACAUUCAUUUGGAGAUGGAUGCCUGUAAUCUAGUAUUUAUCUUAAAAUAUAAAAAUGGUAUCAACAUAUCCCAUCUGAUGCCCAUUUUGGAUUCUGAAAAGUUGCAAGCAUCGUACACUAAGGCUAGUAUGUCCAAUGAAUUGACGUCACGAGCUCGAACAUUUACAGAAGCUCUGCAAAAUUUUCCACAAAAUUUAAUCGAAAUAACGCUUCAAAUAACGCCACAUAAAUUAUUAUUUAGAAACUAUGUGGAUGAUGCAUCAGUUAUGGUAAAUACUACACGUACCCAGCUGGCCUUUGGUAUCGGAGAAUUUGAUCGUUACACAAUUGGCAAUGAAACAAGUAUCACAUUUUGUGUAAAAGAAUUCAAAGCUUUACUCGUUUUCAGUGAGAGCGUAGGCGUUCCAAUUACUGCAAGUUUUGGAACAGCAGGAAGACCAAUAUUGUUUAUGGUUAAAAGUCCAGCUUUUGAAACAAACAUGCUCUUAUCAACUUUAAGUCCGGACUGUGACAGUCAGUCAGACACAUCGAUUGUCAGUAGACAAGUGCAAUCCGUUCGAAAAAAGAAUUCUUCGAGGAGUACAUCCAAUCGUGUCAACAAAAUGUCCUCGAGUCGAAUAAAGAAAUUGAUCAAACCUACAGUUAGUGAUGUAUCCAAGAAUACGCUAGUAAAAGAGAAAAUUCAGUCAAAAACACAAGACAGUUCAAACAAAACACUCAACGAAAAUAGGAAUGCUUCUGUGAGCAUCGUUAACGCAAAUGCUAAUAAUUCUAUAAAUGAUGUUCAAGAAAGAAAUUCACAUAUACCAGUACAACGUUGUUGCUCUGUCACAUGCAGUCCUGCUAGCACAUCUUCGGCAAUUAGUAGGAAGAUUUCGGAGGGCCAAAGAAAGUUAGUAAAUUCAGUAUUUUCUAGCAUUACAAAGAGAAAAUCGAUGGAUGAUAAAGGAAAUCAGAAGGAGGAAGAAGAUGCAAUAGAUUGUGAUCUAGACGAUAAUGUGCCGCAGUCGCCGCCGCGUAAAGUGGCCAAGAAGGCAAAAGUAGUAUUCCAGAAAUGCUUUCAGAAUACUUUUGAUCCGCGAAUGUUACCUGGUCAUAAUACUAUCUUGGUAGAGGAUUCCGAUGAGAAUAACAGUGAUUAAUAUUAUCUUGUCAGAUUUGGAAGAACUUUUAUAAUGACAAAGAACAACUUAUUUGCUCCAUAAUAAAAUACUGUAUAAUUUCAUAACAGAUUUUCUGGGCAAUUAAC